CAUUAUCGGUCAGGACAAUUUAUUUGUUUGUUUGUUUAAUGUCAAUGAUCAAGAAAGUUAAAUAUAAGAAGGAAAGAUAGGAUUAUUGAAGUUUUUUUCACAUUGAAAAAGGUUACUCCUAUAUUGAGAAGAAUAAAAGAAGAGAAAUAAGAAUAAAGGCAAAGGAAAUGGCUUUCACAGGUACAUUGGAUAAAUGCAAAGCUUGUGAUAAGACAGUUUAUUUUGUUGAUUUAUUGUCUGCUGAUGGAGCUACUUUUCAUAAGUCUUGCUUCAAAUGUAGCCAUUGCAAAGGCACUCUUGUGAUGAGCAACUACUCCUCAAUGGAUGGAGUCCUCUAUUGCAAGCCACAUUUCGAACAACUUUUUAAGGAAUCUGGAAAUUUUAGCAAGAACUUUCAGACUGCAUCCAAACCUGAGAGGGAAAAUUCUUUGACAAAGGCUCCAAGCAAACUCUCAGCCUUGUUCUCUGGAACUCAAGACAAAUGUGCUGCUUGCAACAAAACUGUUUACCCUCUCGAAAAGGUAACAAUGGAGGGAGAAGCAUUCCACAAAUCAUGCUUCAAGUGUGCACAUGGAGGUUGUCCAUUAACUCAUGCAACAUAUGCUUCACUUGAUGGAGUCCUCUACUGCAAACACCAUUUUGCUCAACUUUUCAUGGAGAAAGGAAAUUACCAACAUGUCCUCAAGGCUGCUAAUAACAAGAAGAAUAGUGCUGAAAAGGCAGAUGAAGAGCAAGAGCCAACUGAAAAGGCAGAAGAUGAGCAGCCACAAGACAAGGAGCCUGAUGAUAAUGAGCAACCACCAAUUAUAGAGGAAUUCUGAUCACUUAAAAUUUUAUAUACUAUUGAUUUCUUUAACCUAAAAUAUUUGUGUUUCUUAUAAGUUUGAAAAGAUUUUCUCAUUUAAAUUCUUGUCUUGAUUUUUUUUAUUUCAUUUUUUCCCCCUUCCAACUUGGUAUCCAGCUUGUAAACAUGUUUGAGAGGUUAUUCAUUUUGACAAUACAAUAAUUUGUUAGAUAAUCUUUUUAUU